CCACAAUCCCUUGCUGCAGUGUGGCUUGCUGCAGUCCUUUCAACAGACGGCUGAGAAAAAGAUGUCCUCCCCUCCCAGCUCCCAGAAGGGAUCCCCACCCCUCAGCAACAUGGCUGCUCCCUGCCUUUCUUGUGCUUUGGUAGUCUCCAGAGGGAGCCUAGAGGAGCCAUGGCACAGUGAUGGAUGUGGGGAGAAGAGACCCCACUCAUCUUGAUUGUUCCAGGGCAUGACAAGCAGCGUGCAGGGUCGAGGACAGCCGGCCCCCCAUGUCAAUGGUCUAGGAUGGCCAGUGAGGGCGCCAGCAUCCCAAGUCCCGUGGUGCGCCAGAUCGACAAGCAGUUUCUGAUCUGCAGUAUAUGCCUGGAACGGUACAAGAACCCCAAGGUCCUGCCCUGCCUGCACACUUUCUGCGAAAGGUGCCUGCAGAACUACAUUCCAGCCCACAGCUUAACCCUCUCCUGCCCGGUGUGUCGCCAGACCUCUAUCCUGCCUGAGAAAGGGGUGGCUGCACUCCAGAACAACUUCUUCAUCACAAACCUCAUGGAUGUGCUGCAGCGAACGCCAGGCAGCAAUGGCGAGGACUCUUCCAUCUUGGAGACGGUCACUGCUGUGGCUGCAGGAAAGCCUCUUUCGUGCCCAAACCACGAUGGGAAUGUGAUGGAAUUUUACUGCCAGUCCUGUGAGACGGCCAUGUGUCGGGAGUGCACCGAGGGCGAGCACGCGGAGCACCCCACCGUACCCCUGAAGGAUGUGGUGGAACAGCACAAGGCCUCCCUCCAGGUCCAGCUGGAUGCAGUCAACAAAAGACUCCCAGAAAUAGAUUCUGCUCUUCAGUUCAUCUCAGAAAUCAUCCAUCAGUUAACCAACCAAAAGGCCAGCAUCGUAGAUGACAUCCACUCCACCUUUGAUGAGCUGCAGAAGACUUUAAAUGUUCGAAAGAGUGUGUUGCUCAUGGAGCUUGAGGUCAACUAUGGACUGAAACACAAAGUGCUGCAGUCGCAGCUGGAUACCCUGCUCCAAGGCCAGGAAAGCAUCAAGAGCUGCAGCAACUUCACCGCUCAGGCUCUCAACCAUGGCACGGAGACGGAGGUGCUGCUGGUGAAGAAGCAGAUGAGCGAGAAGCUGAACGAACUGGCGGACCAAGACUUCCCACUUCACCCGCGCGAGAAUGAUCAGCUGGAUUUCAUCGUGGAGACAGAGGGACUGAAGAAGUCCAUCCACAACCUGGGGACCAUCCUCACCACUAACGCUGUCGCCUCAGAGACGGUGGCCACGGGCGAGGGGCUUCGGCAGACCAUCAUCGGCCAGCCCAUGUCCGUUACCAUAACCACCAAGGACAAAGACGGAGAGCUGUGCAAGACAGGCAACGCAUACCUCACCGCCGAGCUCAGCACCCCCGACGGCAGCGUGGCGGACGGAGAGAUCCUGGACAACAAGAACGGCACCUACGAGUUCCUGUACACCGUGCAGAAGGAGGGGGACUUCACCUUGUCCCUCAGGCUCUACGACCAGCACAUCCGAGGCAGCCCGUUUAAACUCAAGGUCAUCCGCUCUGCUGAUGUGUCCCCCACCACGGAGGGGGUGAAGCGACGAGUCAAGUCCCCCGGGAGCGGUCACGUCAAGCAGAAGGCUGUGAAGAGACCCGCCAGCAUGUACAGCACCGGCAAGCGAAAAGAGAACCCCAUCGAGGACGACCUGAUCUUCCGAGUGGGUACUAAAGGAAGAAAUAAAGGAGAAUUCACAAACCUUCAGGGUGUAGCUGCAUCUACGAGUGGAAAGAUAUUAAUUGCAGAUAGUAACAACCAGUGCGUGCAGAUAUUUUCCAAUGAUGGACAAUUCAAAAGUCGCUUUGGCAUCCGAGGACGAUCACCCGGACAGCUACAGCGGCCCACAGGGGUGGCAGUGCAUCCCAGUGGGGACAUCAUCAUCGCAGAUUAUGAUAACAAGUGGGUUAGCAUUUUCUCCAAUGAUGGGAAAUUUAAGACAAAAAUUGGAUCAGGAAAACUGAUGGGGCCCAAAGGAGUUUCUGUGGACCGAAAUGGGCACAUUAUUGUGGUGGACAACAAGGCAUGCUGUGUGUUCAUCUUCCAGCCGAAUGGGAAAAUAGUCACCAGGUUUGGUAGCCGAGGAAAUGGGGACAGGCAGUUUGCAGGUCCCCAUUUUGCAGCUGUAAAUAGCAAUAAUGAGAUCAUCGUUACAGAUUUCCAUAAUCAUUCUGUCAAGGUGUUUAAUCAGGAAGGAGAAUUCAUGUUGAAGUUCGGCUCAAAUGGAGAAGGAAAUGGGCAGUUUAAUGCGCCAACAGGUGUAGCAGUGGAUUCGAAUGGAAACAUCAUUGUGGCCGACUGGGGCAACAGCAGGAUCCAGGUCUUCGAUGGGAGUGGCUCAUUUUUGUCCUAUAUCAACACAUCGGCUGACCCUCUUUAUGGCCCCCAAGGCCUGGCCCUAACUUCAGAUGGCCAUGUUGUGGUUGCAGACUCUGGAAACCACUGUUUCAAGGUCUAUCGGUACUUACAGUAACAGCGGACACCCCUGCACUGAGGUCUUGCACUAGAAACUGGAACGGAGUUUUCAAUGUGGGACCAGAUUACAAUAGGACUUUUCAUACUAGGAAGAACCUUUGGUGAACUUUCCAAGGUUAUUUCUGAAUGUAACGAUUUCCUUAAAAACUGCUUAUCCAAUUCCGUAAUUCACUUUUAGGAUUUAAAGAGAACCUCUUCUAUUGAAUCUAUACAAGCUUCGAAGUUUUACACCUGUGAACUAUGGCUUAUAGGACAGGGAUUUAUGCAGUUAAACUAAUUUUGCAAAUCAGACAUUAAAAGAAUUAGCAUAUCUGUUGACCGGUGAAUGAAUGGUAGCCUUUGCAUCGAGCUUCCAAGAACAAAACUUGUAGUUACCUAUUUUAUUUAACUUUGGUCACAAGACCCAAGGGACCUUCUAACCUCACUUUUACAGUAGAUGUUAUUACUGGUGACUUUUUGGGGGGUGGUUAUCAACAACCAUAUAUAAAUUACUUUAGAAAAAUCUAAGGCUGUCUUGCAAGAUCCUCCCAGCUCUGACUCAGGGCCCUCUUGAGUUGAGCCCAUCAGAAUCAAUGCAAAUUUCCCAACCUUUCUGGGUUCGAUCAAAGAUCUUUUUCGUGUGUUCUCUUCACCUUCUCUUUCUACUCACCUUGCAUCAGAAAAUGAAAUAUAGCUUCAGGAAAACCUGAAUUCCCGAUGCUUUGAAAGGCAUAUGGCAAAAGCAAGGGGGACCUCUUGGUUGUUAGCUUCAGAUCAACACACUGGGAUGUAACCAAAAGAAGUCAUGUUCAUGCCAUGUGUUCACAUGUCUUUCCUCUUCCACAUCAUGAAAGCGAAAGCUUUACCUCCUGUAAAAUGUCAGCACAUGUAGUCAGACACCAGUGUCCUAGGACAGAGAGCCAUAAGCAGCCCUUUGGAGGACAGAUGGUGUCAACCAAAGGCAUGUGAUUGAUUAAUGACUUCCCCUUAGAGAACAAGUGUUACCAAAGUUCUGUUGAGCAUUACAGGUACGGGCAUGUUAUGGUUAUUUAUCAUUGUCUAAUGAAUAGUAGAGGCAUUAAGGGACACGUAUACAUGGUUAGGGUAAGAUAGAAUGUAUUAUACAUUUUAUAUAUAUAUAUAUAUAUAGCUGAAUCCAUGGUGUGUGGAAAUAGGAAGCACUCUGAAAGACAGCAGCAUUGCCCAGCCUCCUUCAGCACAUAACCUUGCUGCUGCAGUCUGAAGCCGUCCUGGUGGAGUGAGCCCUACAGCAGUUUUGAGUGUUGCCAUUUUCCAGCACGAUGCUGAUGCCUGACUUCCAGGCAGCAAAUGACCUUUUACUUUCAAGAAAAAAAAAAAAAAAAGAAGAAAGAAAAAAAAGAAAAAAAUGUCUCUAAAAAUUGAGUUUGAGUUACCUUUCAUUUAAGUAUAAAUGCAUUUUGGGAAACAUUACCUGUCAUGGAUACUGUAAAAUAAGACAUGAUCUGUU